AUGGCACCACCACGAAGGAGCACACGACUGAGCCAAAGGACCCAGAGGGCUCAAGAGGCUGAAGAAGCUCAGGCGGCCCAGCGGAAGGUGCACGAGGAAAUCUGGGACAAGUUGAGCGAAUGCUACAAUCAUCGGCUAUUCCUACCCUGCGUUGCCGCAUGUCUUGUGUGGCUAUUUACCGUCGGCUGUGGCGUCGGUUUCAGCAUCCGUGGAUCAUUAAGCACCGACGGCACCAACGACAGCAGUAGCAAGGCUGGUGGUGGUGGUGCUGGAGAUGGCGCCAAGCUAAUGCCAAAAGUAAUCCCCAAAGUACAGGACCAGGCCAAGAUGGACAUUUGCAGUGUUCACAGGGGUAUCCACGACCUUGAUUCCGUAUCCGGCACCAUCGAUGUCCUCACAUUUCUCCAUAUCGAUGCUGAAGCCAUCUUGAAGGGGGAGCCGAAAGGACCUGGCAAAGAAAAUGCACUUCGAACCACUGUCUCAGACGCGAUUGUAGCCAUCAUUCAGGAGGCUGGCGGGGCUUCCCCUUUCGGCGGGCGUGGAUCAGGACUUACCCCAGACAACGAUCACGACGCGGUACGAGAGAGGGACAGGGUUAUCAAUCAUGUCCGACGGCAAGCAGCGCUGGGGCAUGGCAUGGAGGGCCAAGGAGGAAAUGUCGAAGUGGAGAUGACGUUCCGACGGCUUGCGAUCGAUGCGGGUAGUCUGUUGACAAGGCCUGAUCUGAGAGCGAGGUAUGCCAAGGAUGUCUUCCUGGCACUACGAAAGCGCAAAUCGGGCGAAAAGAGAAGCGAGUGGAUGAAGCAGUAUUGCCAGGAGUAUUGGGGUGAGCUGUAA